CCACUUCUGCAACUAGCUAAAAAAAAAAAAAAAAAAACUCUCAUAAAAUAUUAGUGAAAGGAAAAGGAGGGAUAUAUACCAUGUUGUUACUACAUUCUUAGUAUUAUAUAUGUCUUCACCAAUCAUUGUGUUUGCCCUUGCCCUUGCCCUUGCCUCUGCCCUUGUCUAAAAAUUCUUUUCUAAUUAGGUUAGAAUUAAGUGACAUCAGAAAGCACAAAAGAAAUGAAGUCCAUGAACAAUGAUGAUGGUAGCAAUAACCAUAAUGCUGACUGGUUAGGCUUCUCUUUGUCCCCUCAAAUGAACAUGGAGGUUCCAUCAGGUACUGAUCAUCAUCAACAAACACGGUCUGCCUCUGUUGCUGUUCCUACUGCAAUCCCAACAAACCUUUUCCACUCCCAAUUACCACACCUUAACUGUGGUCUUUACUAUGGUGUUGAAGGUGAGAAUGGUGGCUUUUACUCCCCUUUGCAUGUUAUGUCACUGAAGGCUGAUGGGUCGCCUUGUAUGAUGGAUGCUCUCACCAGGACACAGCCUCAAGCAACAAUGGUAACAACUUCAACACCAAAACUUGAGGACUUCUUUGUUGGUGCAACUAUGGGGACCCAUCACUAUGAAAGCAAUGAUAGAGAAGCUAUGGCUCUUAGCUUAGACAGUAGUACUACUAUGUUUUAUCACCAAGACACAGACCAUGAGCCCAACAACCAAAUUUGUCUAAACCAUCUUGAACAGAACCCCAGACAGCAACACCAUCACCACAUUCAAGUUCAACAGUACCCAUAUUACUCUAACUUUAGGAACAAUGAGAUGUCAGUAGGAGAGGAUGCUAAGCAAAUGACUCAGGCUUCAGAUUGCAAUCUUCUGCUUCCAAAUAUGGGAGAUGAUGGGAUAACUGGCAUGAAAAAUUGGGUUUCGCGAAACCAUCAAAGCAACCAUGUCAUGGAGCAGAAGAUGCUUAGAUGUGUGGUUGAAAAUGGAGGUGAAUCUGGGCCUAAUAUUAGUGCAAUGACGUACGGGGAUUUGCAGUGUUUGAGCUUGUCAAUGAGUCCUGGCUCCCAGUCAAGCUGUGUUACUGGUACUUCUCAGCAAAUCUCACCUUCUGUGACUGACUGUGCAGCCGUGGAAACCAAGAAAAGAGGACCCGGGAAGGGGGAUCAGAAGCAAAUUGUUCAUAGGAAGUCCAUUGAUACAUUUGGGCAAAGAACUUCCCAAUAUAGAGGUGUUACAAGGCAUAGAUGGACAGGGAGAUAUGAAGCCCAUCUAUGGGACAACAGUUGCAAGAAAGAAGGUCAAAGCAGAAAAGGAAGGCAAGUUUAUCUGGGGGGUUACGAUAUGGAAGAAAAAGCUGCAAGAGCUUAUGAUCUAGCUGCACUCAAGUAUUGGGGACCCUCUACUCAUAUCAAUUCCCCUUUGGAAAACUAUCAAAAAGAAAUUGAAGAAAUGAAGAGCAUGACCAGACAGGAAUAUGUUGCUCAUUUGAGAAGAAAAAGUAGUGGGUUCUCUAGGGGAGCUUCAAUUUACCGAGGAGUAACGAGCAGACAUCAUCAACAUGGAAGAUGGCAAGCUCGGAUUGGAAGGGUUGCCGGAAACAAGGAUCUUUAUCUAGGAACAUUCAGCACCCAAGAGGAAGCAGCAGAAGCCUAUGAUGUAGCAGCUAUAAAAUUUCGAGGAGUUAGUGCUGUAACCAACUUUGACAUAACAAGGUAUGAUGUGGAACGAAUCAUGGCUAGCAAUACACUUCUUGCUGGAGAAUUAGCCAGGCGAAACAAAGACAUUGGACCUUGUAAUGAUGCUACUACCAAUCACAAUCCUUCUACUCAUAAGAGUGAAAACGAAUCAGAUUGGAAAAUGGUCAUCUGUCAGUCCUCCCAGCAACUGGAUCACAAAGCCUCAAAUGCUGUGGAUAAUUACAAAACUCAGGCUUUCUCGUUGUCCCCUGAAAAUGUAAUUGCAAAUGAUAGCAUUUUCUCACUGCACCAGCAACAGGUAGAAGACUCGUCCAAGAUGGGAACUCACAUGUCAAAUGCGUCGUCGCUGGUGACUAGUUUAUGUAGCUCUAGAGAAGGAAGCCCUGAUAGAGCAAACCUACCAGUGCUCUUUGGAAUGCCUCCGUCAGCUGCAUCCAAGUUGUACGCUAGUCCAAUUUGUGAUGUGAAUUCUUGGAUCCCAGCAGCAGCAGCAGCCCAAUUGAGGCCUGCUGCAGUCUCAUUGCCUCACAUGCCAGUUUUUGCUGCUUGGACAGAUGCCUAGGGUUAGUGUUUUAGUAAAAAGCGCUGCAGGGGUUUUUAGCAUGAAGAAAACACGAGAAAGAAAGUUAGAUUCGGUUUUUUUAUUUGGGAUUUUCUUUAGUUGAUGGAGAAAAUUGAGGGGGUUAAUGGACACACUUGGAUGCAUGCAUGGGACCAUGUUCAUGAACAAGAGCUUAAAAUUUUAAAACUCAUCCUUUUUUUGACCUUCUUGCGAUGAUCUUGAAAAGUAGUAAUGGUGGGAGAGAAGCUUUUAAAAACAUUAUGAUUGAAGUCUGUGGAA